GGCCCGCCGCGCCACCCCAGCCCCGCCGCCGCGCUCGCCGCCAGCCGCCCGCAGCGCCCCGACCAUGUCCGCCACCGGCCUGAGCCCGGUCCGCUGCGCCUUCGUGCUCCUGCUCGCCCUCUGCAGCCGGCCCGCCUCUGGCCAGGACUGCAGCGGCCAGUGCCAGUGCGCGGCCGGGAAGGCGCCGCGCUGCCCCGCCGGCGUCAGCCUCGUGCUGGACGGCUGCGGCUGCUGCCGAGUGUGCGCCAAGCAGCUGGGUGAGCUGUGCACCGAGCGCGACCCCUGCGACCCGCACAAGGGCCUCUUCUGCGACUUCGGCUCGCCGGCCAACCGCAAGAUCGGAGUGUGCACAGCCAAAGAUGGUGCCCCCUGCGUCUUUGGAGGAACGGUGUACCGGAGCGGAGAGUCCUUCCAGAGCAGCUGCAAAUACCAGUGCACUUGCCUGGACGGGGCCGUGGGCUGCGUGCCCCUGUGCAGCAUGGACGUCCGCCUGCCCAGCCCCGACUGCCCCUUCCCGCGGAGGGUCAAGCUGCCAGGGAAAUGCUGCGAGGAGUGGGUGUGUGACGAGCCCAAGGACCACACCGUGGUCGGCCCUGCCCUGGCCGCUUACCGACUGGAAGACACGUUUGGCCCAGACCCAACUAUGAUGCGAGCCAACUGCCUGGUCCAGACCACAGAGUGGAGUGCCUGUUCCAAGACCUGUGGGAUGGGCAUCUCCACCCGGGUUACCAAUGACAACGCUUUCUGCAGACUGGAGAAGCAGAGCCGCCUCUGCAUGGUCAGGCCUUGUGAAGCUGACCUGGAAGAGAACAUUAAGAAGGGCAAAAAGUGCAUCCGUACCCCCAAGAUCUCCAAGCCCGUCAAGUUUGAGCUUUCUGGCUGCACCAGCGUGAAGACAUACCGGGCUAAGUUCUGCGGGGUAUGCACAGACGGCCGCUGCUGCACCCCUCACAGAACCACCACCCUUCCUGUGGAGUUCAAGUGUCCCGAUGGUGAGGUCAUGAAGAAGAGCAUGAUGUUCAUCAAGACUUGUGCCUGCCAUUACAACUGCCCGGGUGACAAUGACAUCUUCGAGUCCCUGUACUACAGGAAGAUGUAUGGAGACAUGGCCUAAAGCCAGAGAGAGUGAGACCCAUGAACACUUGAGACUGUCACUUGAACUGAUUCACAUCUCAUUUUUGCGUAAACAUGAUUUCAGUAGCACAGGUUAUUUAAAUGUUUUUCUAAUGGGGGACAAAGGAAAAUUCCCACCAACAUUCAAAAUCGUGUGCCAUGUGACAUUCAAAAAAAGAGUCUAUCAAACCCAGACACUGGUUUGAAGAAAGUUCAGACUUGACCGUGGGACGGUAUUAGUGCAGAGCACCGGGAUGUAUGCUGUGUGGCUUUAGGAGCUCUGGGAAGGCACGAGUAGAGAGUCUUGUCAUCUUACGGCAGGGAUGUUACUGCUAUUGGGUGUCAUUGAGAAGGAAAACUUGAGCAUGCUCACUGAGCUGCCUUUAGCACCAAUGACAGCUGAGAUGUGUAUUCUCCAGCUGUCAGGAGGCUGGGUCAAGUUCUUCUUUAAGUCAGAACAGAAGAUUCAGCUCUGACAUUCUGAUUCGGUUGAGUGUUCAGGAAUCAGAAUCCUGUCUGUAAGACUGGACAGCUUGUGGCAAGCUGUUUUGCCUGUAACAAGCCAGAUUUUUUUUUUUUAAUUGAUAUUGUAAAUAUUGUGUAUAUAUAUAUAUAUUUGUACAGUUAUCUAAGUUAAUUUAAAGUUGUUUGUGCCUUUUUGUUUCUGUUUUUAAUGCUUUGGUAUUUCAAAUGUUAGCCUCCAUUCUGAACACCAUAGGUAGGAUGUAAAGCUUGUCUGAUCAUUCAAAGCAUGGAAUAGACAUUCGAAUGGAAAUUCUGCUCAGUUAAGAGCAGCAGUUCAUCAAUCAAUACAGGUUGUUUGCUGAAGGUGAGGCAGCAGAAAUGUCCUUGGCAGUCUGAUUUGUAGGUAGGAAAUGUGGUAGCCUCACUUUUAAUGAAAAAAUGACUUUUAUUAAAAAAUGAGUGGCUCUAUACAGCUGAUUGGUUUUUCCACCUGGAAGCAUUUGUUUCUACUUUGACUAUGACUGUUUUUUGGACAGUUUAUUUGUUGAGAGUGUGACCAAAAGUUACAUGUUUGCACCUUUCUAGUUGAAAAUAAAGUAUAUAUUUUUUCUAUAAA